UGGAGUUUUAUGAAGUUUUGGCUCAGUGGUUUACAAGAGAUUAGUCUUAAACUUUAUUUUCUAAGCUCUCACUUUUAUUUAUUUUUUGAUUAGUUGGUCAACAUACUUUAUUUUAAGUUUAUAUUGUAACUUUUUCUUUUUUAUUUACUCUUUUUUUCCCCCUGGCUCCUGUGUGGUGUUUGGGCUAUGCUCUCCUCACCCACUGUGAUCCUUCAGCCGUAUGGACUGCCUGUCUAUCCACAGACAACAACAUGCUACCCCAGCUUAGUCCAGGGGGGUCCCUCUCAGGAGGCCGGCAGCGCUGACCCAUCUCUGCCCCAGGUCUAUGCCCCGCCCCCCUCAUACCCCCCUCCAGGGCAGGGACCACCUACCUCUGCGGGACGGCUGCCGGCUCUGGACUUCAGCUCCCCUCACAGCAGCUCGGAGUACCCCGAGCAUCCCCCUCUGAGAGUGUACCAGGGCCCCCAGCACGAGGCUGUGGAGAGCCUGGGCUCCGCCAACACGGAGGACGGUCUGACCCCCGCGAGCUCGGACCCCUCCCUCCCGGUGUCAGGGGCCGGCAGUGGGGCAGGAAGUGGCAGUGAGGAGGAGGGCUCCAGUAAAGCGCAGCCAAAACGCCUCCAUGUGUCCAACAUCCCAUUUCGCUUCAGAGACCCUGACCUCCGCCAGAUGUUUGGGCAAUUUGGUAAAAUCCUCGAUGUUGAAAUAAUCUUCAAUGAGAGAGGGUCAAAGGGAUUUGGUUUUGUAACUUUCGAGAGUGCGACUGAGGCCGACCGUGCACGAGAAAAACUAAACGGAACAAUUGUGGAAGGGAGAAAGAUUGAGGUAAAUAAUGCCACUGCUAGAGUCGUCACCAAGAAGCCACAGACUGCUCUUGUGAAUGGAGAACUGUCAGCUUCAGGUUGGAAGAUUAAUCCUGUGAUGGGAGCGAUGUAUGCACCUGAGCUCUACACAGUUGCCAGUUUCCCGUACCCAGUGGCCACGCCCACAUUAGCCUAUCGAGGGUCUGCGCUCCGAGGCCGAGGACGGGCCGUCUACAACACCAUCCGCUCUGCUGCUGCUGCCACUCCUGCUGCCCUGCCUGCGUACCCCGGAGUGGUGUAUCAGGACGGGCUGUACGGAGCAGAGGUUUAUGGGGGCUAUCCUGCUGCUUAUCGAGUGGCCCAGUCAGCGUCUGCAGCUGCGACCUACAGUGAUGGAUAUGGGCGUGUGUAUGCCACAGCUGCAGACCCUUAUCAUCACUCAGUCGGACCCACAACAACAUAUGGAGUUGGGACAAUGGCCAGUCUGUACAGAGGAGGCUACAACCGCUUCACCCCGUACUGAAAACAAAAGGCUGAGAUUCAUGGGCGUGGGUCUGGAGGUCUGAGGUCUGGAGGUCUGGAGGGUCUGGAUGUCUGGAGGUCCUUAAGCUCAGGACAUGUGGACAAAGGCUUUGUAUCUCUGAGUGUUUUUUUAAGGGGCGAGAGUUGUAAAUAUGUUGGAGCCAUAUUGACUACUGACAACUAUGCAGAUGAAAAAUCAUUUUGUACAAUAUUUAUAGUUACUUAAAUUCAUGUUAUUUAAAAAAGUUGGUUUUAGAACUAAUAUUAUAGAUGUGCCAAAUUAUGGGCGGGCGAUGCAACAACAAAAUUCAUAAUAUUAUACUGUAUAUGUAGGAUUUUUUUUUUUUUUUGGAAUAAGUGUUAACGAAGGGUGCUUGUCCUGGUUUGGUCUUGUUCUAGUCCUAGUGUAGCCCUGCUUUAAUCCAGGUUUAGUCCCAGUUUAGUCUCAAUGUUGAUGUUGUAUGUAUGUGCAAGUGAUCUGGGAGAUACUAUGACAAAGGCUGACCAAUAGGAGGAGUGGGUGGGGAAGUUAACGGCAUAUUUGAGCGUAAGGUUUCAUUUAAUAGAAAUCCACUGAAAACUGAUAUAUCUUGAUUUGGUAAUAUUGUUAUGUCGCCCAUCCCUUUGCAAACUACUGUGAGACUUAUUGUCACACUGUAAAAAAACAUGUUGUGGUAUGGUGGUAUGUUUUUGCUGUGCAGAUGUCCGCUCUGGGACAGUCUUUUGCCUUUUCUUACAAUCUACCUCUCAAACGUUCAGCUCCUCACACAGGGUUCAUUGUUGCUAUUCAGUUUUGUAUUUAAGCCACAUUUAUUUCCUACUUUCACCUACCUACUUUUACUGUUUAAAUCAUUUUCUGAUCUUUUGUGCAAAACUUUUCGGUCUUCUUUACCAGAGGUGGGUAGAAAUAACUUGAGUAAUAGUCCUAUUAUUUUGAAGUAAAGGAUUUUAAGGUUGUGUUUCUUAAGUUAAGCUAAUUAUUUAUUUAUUUAUUUAUCAGAUUUUACACUCUAUUAUCCAGACUACAUCCUUACUAAAACAUAAAUCAGAUAUUAGAUGGUAGCUUAUUUGAGUAUUUACAACAAAUACAUUAUUUUUGUCCUCACUGAGUUGUUGCUUUGGCUUGAAUGUUCCACAGUAUCGCGUUAAAAUCUAUCUGUCACCAUGGAGACAAGAUUGUUGCGCCUUCAAGCCAAGUUACACAUCAGAUCUGUGGAGAGAUCUGUAAUUUUGUGUAAUUAAAACACCUGCAAUUAAAUAAAUGCAAGAUAGGUAAAUUUAUUAACAUAUCUACUACCUGAAAAGUUACGCAAUGCACCUUUAAUUUUACUUGAAUCACAACUUACUACGAUUACCAUCACCUCUUCUUACUUGACUGCUCUACCCACCUCUGGUCUUUUUUUUCUUUGGGUAUAAUAUUUUUCUUUCUGUUUAAAUUCUGUUUCUGAUAUUAUUUAUAAUCUCUAGUUUCUUUCUAGUUUCUGUUGCACUUUUCCUGCUGUGAUGUUUACCUUUGAAUAAACUAUUUCUCCUUUUUCCUUUUUCUGCCUUUUAUUGAUUCUGUCUUUUCUACUCAAACUUUUUUCCUCUGUGUUUAACCUUUCAUUUUAACCUUUCCAAUCUCUAGUAUUUAUUAUGUAUUAGUCUGUGUGUGCUGCUUCUUUUCUUUGCGUCUUUUCCUGCUGUUGUGAAUGUCUCUUUACAUAUUUAUUUUAAACUUUUCUUAAAUUUCUUUCCUGGUUUUGCAUGCAUGCCUUUACUUUUGACCAUAUCAUAACCUGCUUUAUAUUUCACUGU